CUUUGUUUAUUUCAGUCGCGAAUAAUAUGGCAGUGGGGCCAUACCACCUAGCACAAAUAUUUUGUAUAUUCUUGUUAGCAAAUAGUGCAAGGUCUACACCUACUAGUGCUUUCACACCUGAAUUCAAUUCAUUGAAAGUAGUAUCAAUAAAACCAUCGUGUCAAAAUGAAGAUUACAACAAAAUUGAGUUUGAAAUACAAGGCAGAAAUAUUGUCAAUGGAAUACGCAUCAAGGCAACGAAAAUUCCGUCUGAAAGAAAUACAUUGUGUACAGAAACCUUAGAUGUGUCUUAUAACAUAAGUGAUGUAGCAACUAGUGAAUUUAAAUCAGCUAGAUAUGUACUUAUAGUGCCGAAAAGUGUCGAGGAGAAAAUUUAUCUGUGUUUGCCUCAUAAUUUACACAGUAGUACGGACAAGAUCCCAGCCUCUAUUUUAAACAGUGCAAAAUACCUAUGGUAUCAUCAAGGAAAUGAUAUAAGCAUUGAUCUCACACAUCAGUGCGCCAAAGACAAUCAAAAUGCGAGACACAGAAGUAGACGUGAUGAAGUCGACGAUAAGGCUAUCAACGUCCUUGGCCUGCGUGUCGAAAUACCCCACAAAAACAUCGAGAUGGAAGAAGAAAGCCGGAUACCGAAACUGCUAGCAAAUGUAGCAGAAACCAUCAGAUUGUUCGGAACUAAUUUCGAUGAAGAAAUGGUCAUCUCCUUCACCCCCGAAGAGGGAGAAAGAGGGUCUGUUUGCCAGCUUCAGGUCGUUAAAGGAGUGCCGGUCGACAAGGCGAACUUCAGCCCGACCACCACGCUGGUGACGGUGAAGCUGCCCCCCCUCCCGGAAGAUGCCAAAUCCCUCUACCUGUGCGUCAAGAAGGGCAAUGCCUCCUUCAUCCACCAAGGGACCGAUCCCGGUCUUCAGGUAGUGACUUACGAGUCGUUGCUUCCGCUCUGGGUCGCGAUCGUGGUGAUCGUCACGUGCCUCAGCUUCUCCUCCCUCUUCUCCGGCCUCAACCUCGGCCUGAUGUCCAUGGACAUGACCGAGCUGAAGAUCCUGUGCAACACCGGCACGCCCAGGGAGCAGAAGUACGCGAAGACCAUCAUACCGGUAAGGAGACACGGCAACUACCUGCUGUGCAGCAUACUGCUGGCGAACGUGUUCGUCAACAACAUCUUCACCAUCCUGCUGGACGAUCUGACCUCUGGGGCGGUGGCCGUGAUUUCCUCAACGUUGGCCAUCGUGACGUUCGGCGAAAUCUCGCCACAGGCUAUAUGCUCGCGAUUCGGCUUGGCCAUCGGCGCCAAGACGAUCUACAUCACCAAGUUCGUUAUGAUACUGACUUUCCCGCUGUCCUAUCCCGUCUCGAAGUUCCUGGAUUGGCUGCUUGGUGAGGAGAUUGGCAACUACUACAACAGGGAGCGCCUCAACGAACUGGUCAAGGUUACUACGGGAGUCAAUGAUUUAGAUAAGGAUGAGGUGAACAUCAUCAGUGGUGCCUUAGAGUUAAGAAAGAAGACGGUAGCCGAGGUAAUGACCAAAAUCGAGGAUGUUUUUAUGCUGGACUAUGAGGCUGUUUUAGAUUUCGAGACUGUAUCGGAAAUUAUGAAAUCAGGUUUCUCAAGAGUUCCUGUUUUCGAAGGGAACCGCCAGAAUAUAGUCACCAUGUUGUACAUCAAGGAUUUGGCGUUUGUUGAUCCAGAUGAUAACACCCCUCUAAAAACAUUAUGCCAGUUUUAUCAGAACCCUUGCAAUUUUGUAUUUGAAGAUGUGACAUUGGAUGUAAUGUUCAAAAUUUUCAAGGAAGGAAACAAAGGUCACAUGGCUUUCGUACAUAGGGUCAACAACGAAGGUGAAGGUGAUCCAUUUUAUGAAACUAUUGGUUUGAUAACUUUGGAAGAUGUAAUUGAAGAGCUCAUUCAAGCAGAAAUUAUGGAUGAAACUGAUGUGUUCACUGAUAACCGGUCAAAGAGAAAACGUAUAGCCGAUCGAACAAGACAAGAUUUCAGCAUAUUUGCUGAUCGAAAGACUGACUCAUAUAAAAUACGUAUAAGUCCUCAACUUACACUUGCAGCAUACCAGUUUUUGAGUACAAGUGUUGAGUCUUUCCAUCCUAAUGUUUUAUCUGAAACUAUAUUGAAGAGAUUAUUGAAGCAAGAUAUUGUUUGCUUGAUAAAGAAAAAUAAGAAUUGGAGGUCAGAUGCUGGUUGUAUCAUAUACCAACAAGGGAAAUCAGCUGAUUACUUUGUGUUAGUUCUUGAGGGUCGUGUAGAAGUGACGGUUGGUAAAGAAAAUCUAACUUUCGAGGGUGGACCAUUCACAUACUUUGGUACACAGGCUCUUAUCCAAUCAAUUGGUGUUGCCGAGUCACCUUCAAUUCCAACUUCAACACUGGGUAGUCUGGAGUCUUUAAAUAUUGAUAGUUUAUUGAAACACUCAUUCCAACCAGACUAUACAGUCCGAGCAUGUACGGAAGUUUUAUACCUAUUGAUUAAACGCAGCUUGUACCUUGCUGCAAAGAGAGCCACACUUAUGGAAAAAUCUCAGAAGGACAAUCAAACCACCGGUGAACAGUUUGAUGAAGAAGUUGAUAAGCUUUUGCAUUCGCUUGAAGAAGAUGGUAGCACAGGUGCUGCAACCCCAAGGAAAACAUCGAAAAACGUUAUCCAGGCUCAGGGAGAAGCGGAGAGUAUGAACGCCAAGGUGGCAUCCUCAAGAAAUGCCUCUAUAUUUAGUAACACGAGUCCUCAGAAAGACGUAAACGGGCGUUUAAGCAAUGCAGACCUGCACAAUGAAUUGCAAGAAACGGAAGAAGAAAUGUCGCUUUUGUCGAACAAGUCAUAACACAUAUGUUCUGACCUUGCUCCAUCAAGGUCAAGUUUUACCCAUUCUGCAUUUUUUUUGUAUAUGAGGUUUUUGUAGGAAAAAUGAGGUUUGGGAUUAAACAUUGUUAGAGCUGAUGCAAUAUUGACAGAAUAAUCUGAAAACAAAAUUUCCUUCCAUACAAGGCAGUGUUUAUAGUGUUUCCUUUUGACUAAAUAGAACAUUGUUGUCAGUUCGUGGAUUCGAAAUAUUUUAUAAUAUGAUUUCUUACAAUAUGUUCAGAUCGACAAUUCUUCAAUGUGAAUUGUUUUUUAUUCAAUGGUGGAACAUGAAAAAUAUGUGCCGGAACAAUGUUGAUACAAAAUGCAGAAAUUGAUUUGAUGGGUGCUAAUGCUACUAUACUUAACAUAGGAUAGAAUGUAGAUUUAAGUAUUAAAGUAAAUUUUCGAAAUUGUUGAAUUUUAGAUCGAUUAUAGAUGUUCGAUUUAUGCAGUACAAAGUUAAUAUUGUUGAAUAUAAUUACUAAGAUAAUAUCAUAUGUCUGCAAUAAUACACUUUCAUAUCAAUUCGUCAUAUAAUUUCAUUUGUAUUUAAAUUGUCAUUCGGAACUUAUUCUGUCACUAAUCGGUUACAACUUUGUAAAAAUCAAUGUUGAUAUUGAUUGGAGGUAAAAAAGGUUUAAUUAAGCAAAAUUAAUUAUUCAACACUACAAUUGUUUUGUCAACUGCAUGUUGACAUGUUAAUAAGGUAAUUAUUAUGGUUAUUAUCAUUCUAAUAAUGUAGAAAAAGGCGAGAUUUGGAAAUUGGGUUUUUUCCAUCGAUUCAGAUCUGUCUAAUUGUUGAGCAGAUUGUGUUCUUUUUGUACCUAUUUAUUUCCAUUGUUUUCAGAAAUUUAAUCUAUUGCCUUUAUUUCACCUCAUUUUUUUUACCUAUUUCUAUAUUUGAGGAAACCAAUGAAGAUUAAAAAAUGGUAACGAUUAUCAUCUGAAGAAGUCAGCAGGUAGUUGAUAAAAGAGUAAUUGUGUUGAAUAAAUUUUGUCGGAAUAAAGAUAUUUUACUUUUAUCAAUAUCGAGUUGAUUUUUUUCAGAAAAAAAUGGAAUGUGUUUACGUGAAAUGAAAUCGAAUUUUGCAGUGAGAAUUUUAGAAAAAUCAAGGACAAAGUAGUUCAUGGACCAUUCAGAUGUGCCCUAGUUUUUAUAAAAUAAACGUGUCAUUCUAUAGUCGGCUAGAAAUAAAUGUCAAUGACGGAUGCUUUUCUUGAAAAGUUGGUAGAUAUAGAGUAAAUAACCAUAGGUUGAAAGCUAAGCAAUAUCUUCAAAAGUUCAUGGCCUACUUGGUGUUAUUUUUUUUUAACAUACUCUCCACUUCAGUAGGUAAAGAAUGGUCGCAAUAUUGUUUUUUUUUCUCAAAUUAUAGAAUUAUUGCUGACAAUAUGUAGAUCUUAAGUCGAGCCAAAAGUUUUUCUGCACUAAUUAAGAACACCAGUAAAGUUUUUGAUCCCAGUAUAUCUAAUUAUUAUGAAGACCAUUUUUUGGAUUAUAUUUCUAUUUUCAAUAUCAGGCUGUUCUGUUCCUUCAGUCAAUAAUGUCAAAUUCAGUUAGUUAUUUAUUUCAUUCAUUCAACUCGAUACUCUAUAUUUUUACUACCAUCACACUUGUACGUUAGUUUAUAUAACUAUUAAAAUUCUAAUGAAAGUGAUAUAUGAAACAAUACAGAAAUAUUGCAAAUAAAAGAUAAAACUAUGGUCGUCAGUAUUCCAGUUACGAAUUUUCAAUAAUAGUUUAGUGAAUUCAAUUUUGAGUCCAGAACAAUACUCGAUCCAUUUUUAUUCCUUCAUCAUAUUUCAUUACAUUUGUAUUAAGUCAUCUUUUGAAUUCAAUUUAUUGGUUUCUCAAUUCGGGAGAAUCCCAAAAUAGAAUUUACUUAAUUCUAAUAUAGCUAAAAGAAUUAUUUUCAGGACCAUAUAUGAUUUUUAAUCUCUAAUUGUUGGAAUAAUGAUAAAUAUUUCCAUUAAAAGCUUAGUUUACUUCUGUAGAUUGGCGUGCUUUAUAAAAAUGCUUUUAUUUCUCUCUUCGUAUUCACUUAAAAAAAUGUACUUUUUAUUUAGUCCUUAAGUUAUCCAAAGCUUUGUGUUGUACUUAAAUGCUAACAUAAUUGCUCAUUUUAUUUUGCUGUUAUCAUUUUUUUUUUUAUUUUAAAUUUGUUAUUUGGAGUUUUUUCAUAUUUUCUUGUUAUAGAUUCAAAUUAUACACAAAAUAAAAGUAGUUUUUAAAGGUGAAAA